CCCGCCGAGACGCUUUUGCGGCUAAACACGUCGUUCCAGAGCUCGAUUGGUAACUUGGUAAGUUUACCAUACCGGAAUGUAGCGUAUCCAUGGUUAUGCAUGCAGCAGCAAGGCACUUUGCUAUGCGAAUCAAGGAGUAGCCCCGUCUCAACAAACAGGGCGUUCAGUGCUGCAACGCGCUCCCGCACAUUGGCCUGUGGUCGGAUGACGCGACCCAAGACAUGGUAA